GGAGCUUGGGCGGAGAUUGAUUAAACUAAUUAAAGGCGUUGUUUUGUUUAUCAUCCGUGGAGCGAUUAUUCCCGUUGUUCCACGUCUCUUGUGUUUUCGCGGUCGGCUAUUGUUAACGUUGAAGGCGAUAAUUGAAAAUCCCCCCAAGUUUUUUAGAUCCGCCCCCUUAAUUACGCUGUGAGUUUUUGUUCUUGAGAUUUUACUCAAUUGGCAUCUCGAGACUCCCCUUCAUUCCUUACCACAUUCUCGUAAGAUGAACUUGCAACAAUUAAAUUCAUCUUUGACGAAAACGCAAAUAGAGGAACAUACCUUUUUAGACAAAAAAAGAAAGAGAACUGUUAUCAGAACAGAUCCUACAAAGACUGUAGAAUGCUCAUUUUGCGGUAAAAAAGUUGGAAAACAUUAUCACAGGACACAUUUACGAAUUCAUUCGGCCAACAGUCAUUACUACUGUGAUUUUUGCGGAUAUAAGACUACUGACGAUACUAAUAGAAAUAAGCACGAACGAGCACACGUGACUGGAAAACCUUUCCAAUGCAAAAAUUGCUAUCAACAAUUUAUCACUCCACGAUCGAUUCGUCAUCACUUGCUCAGGGUACAUCACAUUCCGACAAGCCUAUUACCAUCUGUCGAUGCUCUUCUCCGUGAAGUAUUGGAAGAGAAUGAUAACGCAAUCAAAACUUUGACAGGAGGUCUUCCGCUACUCUUCAAAUACGAUCCCUAUAAAAUGUCUGUUUUCAACGGAAAUAGCUGUUCUGCAACACCUCCACCUCCUCCACCUGUUCCCCCGGCAAAUGUUACAGUAGAUUACAAUGCCAACUUCCUCUUUGAUACAUCGUCUAAUAUGGAAUCAUCGCCAUCGUGCUACUACAAUCAGUCUUUCGAUACCAUUUACCAAAACUCCCUUCCUCCAUUCUCUUUCGAUCAUGAAUUUUCCGUUCAUUCUUUGUCUUAG